AUGGGGAAGACAGCAGGCUCUCGAAAGUGGUACCAAAUUCGCUGGUUUGCCCCAGAGGACACGAAAGAAGAACGCAGAUUCAUCACCAAACUCGAUCUCCUGAUUGUGCCUUAUGUUUUUCUGGCGUAUUGGGUAAAGUAUAUUGAUCAGGCAAAUAUCAACAAUGCAUACGUCGCAGGCCUCAAGGAAGACUUGGGCUUCAACGGAAACCAGCUGGUCCAUGUCCAGACCAUCUACGUCGUCGGCGCCGUUCUGGGCCAGAUUCCGUUCAUGUUCCUCUUCACCCGCAUCCCUAUGCACUGGCUGGUCCCUUUGCUCGAUAUCUUGUGGGGGAUCUUCACGUUGCUGCAAUAUCGGGUCCAUAGCUAUGCUGAGCUGAUGGCAUACCGGUUUUUGGUCGGCUGGUUCGAGGCCGCGUAUUUCCCCGCUGUCCAUUUCAUCUUCGGAUCGUGGUAUCGUGGACAGGAAAUCGCCCGGCGAGGCGGCUUUUUCUAUGUUGGGUUGACUCUGGGGACGCUCACUGCGGCUCUCCUGCAGUCCGCGGCUUCGGAGCACUUGGACGGAGUGGCCGGUCUAGCAGGCUGGCGAUGGAUGUACAUCAUCUGUGCCCUGAUCACCAUUCCCGUGGGCUUCCUGGGCUUCUUCCUUCUCCCCGGAACCCCGGACAUCCCGAACCGGUUGUUCAUCAAGGAACACGACCUCGCGCUCGCAAAGACGCGCCUUCAGCGCACCGGACACGCCACGUCGGGAAAUUUCACGCUCGGCACACUCAAAAGAGCCGCUGUGUCGUGGCAGGUGUGGGCGUUCCUGCUACUGGACAUCUUCUUCUGGAACGGCAGCAUCAACACGUCUUCGGGCGGCUAUCUAUUGUGGCUCAAGAGCCUGAAGCGCUACUCGGCCGGACGACUCAACCAGCUGGGCGCCAUCUCCCCCGCGCUGGGCAUCUUCUACGUGCUCUUCAUCUGCUUCUCGGCCGACCUCCUCUGGGGACCUGCCUGGGCCAUCACGGUCGCCCACGUCUGGAACAGCGUCGGGUUGAUCAUCCUGACGGUCUGGAACGUGCCCGAGUCGGCGCUGUGGUUCGCCUUCAUGACCACCUACUCGGCCGUCGCCAUGUCCAGCGUGCUCUACGGCUGGGUCAACACGCAGCUCCGGUAUUCGCCCGCCGAACGGGCUUUCACGCUCGUGCUGAUCAACACCAUCUCCCAGUCCACGACGGCGUGGACGCCCCUGUUGGUUUUCAAGACCGUCGAGGCGCCCCGGUUCGUCAAGGGGUAUCCCUUUGUGCUCGGCAACGCGAUAUGCUUGAUUCUGUUCGCGCAUUGGAUCUCGUGGUACAUCAAGAGGCGAAGAAACCCGGCCGAGGAUAUCGAGGAAGACUAUCUGCGCAACGAGGCAUUGGAGUCUCCGGUCGACAGCACGCCUCAGUUGAUCCAGGAGCUGCCUUCCGAGAAGGUCCUGGAAGCUUGA